AUGUUUAAUCUCAAUGGCACUGUCUUCAUGCCUUCAUUGCUGACCCUGACUGGGAUCCCUGGCUUGGAGUCUGUGCAGUUCUGGAUUGGGAUUCCUUUCUGUGCCAUGUACAUCUUUGCUCUGUUUGGGAAUUCCCUGCUCCUGGUCAUCAUCAAAUCUGAGCUCAGCCUCCAUGAGCCAAUGUAUCUCCUGCUGGCAAUGCUUGGAGCAACAGACAUUGCUCUCAGCACAUGCAUCCUACCAAAAAUGCUAGGUAUUUUCUGGUUCCAUUUAGCAGAGAUCUAUUUUGAAGCCUGUCUCUUGCAGAUGUACUUCAUCCACACAUUGCAGGGUAUUGAAUCAGGCAUUCUGUUGGCCAUGGCCCUGGACCGCUAUGUGGCAAUCUGCAAUCCUCUGAGACAUGCAAGCAUUUUCUCCCACCAACUUCUUACUCAGAUUGGGGUUGGAGUGACACUCAGAGCUGCCCUUCUUUCAGCUCCAUGUAUCAUCCUCAUCAAAUGUCGGCUCAAAUUUUACAGGACCACUGUGGUCUCCCAUUCAUACUGUGAGCACAUGGCCAUUGUGAAGUUGGCAGCAGAAGAUGUUCGGAUCAACAAGAUGUAUGGUCUGUUUGUGGCUUUCACUAUACUUGGAUUCGACAUCAUCUUCAUCACACUCUCCUACAUCCGAAUAUUUAUAGCUGUCUUUAUCCUGCCUCAAAAGGAAGCAAGGCUCAAGGCCUUUAACACCUGCAUCACCCACAUUUGUGUCUUCCUUGAGUUUUAUCUCCUGGCUUUCUUCUCCUUCUUUACACACAGGUUUGGUUUCCAGAUCCCACCAUACAUCCAUAUUCUUCUAUCCAUCCUUUACUUGCUUGUCCCACCUUUGCUCAAUCCUCUCAUUUAUGGGGUGAAGACCAAACAGAUUCGAGAUCGAGUGUCCAAAAUUUUCCACUCAAAGGAAACUUCUUAA